UCAGCCACUCCUCCAGGUCUUAUUUCCUCAAAUCUGCAGCCGGCUAACUCGACAUGCACUGCAACUUCACGGGGACGCUGCUCGUCAGCACGCUCCCCACCAUUUUGUCCAUAGAGUUUAUUUUGGGGGCGCUGAGCAACGGCCUGGCUCUGUGGAUCUUCUGCUUCCACCUGAGGCCCUGGAAGAGCAGCACGGUGCUGCUCUUCAACCUGGCCAUGGCCGACUUCCUCCUCAACAUGAUUUUGCCCUUCCGCGCCAGCUACUACAGCUCGGGAAUCAAGUGGAGAUUCGGGAAAACGCUCUGCAACAUCUCACAGUUCAUGCUGGCCCUGAACCGCACGGGAAGCACACUCUUCCUGAUGGCCAUCGCCUUGGACCGCUACAUCCGCGUGGUGCACCCGCAUCACUUCAUCAACUCCAUGAGCCCCUCCAAGGCAAUGUGUGGAGCGGCCGUGCUGUGGUUGGUCACCGUCUGCAUGACCGCCAACGCUUUGACUCUGCAGAACUUCCGCUCGGGCUACUGUGAGAGCUUCCUGGUGGAAACCACGGCCAAGGGGAACCGGCUCUGGCACAAAUUCAACUUUCUCUUCUCCUGCUGGAUGCCUUUGCUCGUUAUCCUGUUCUGCACCAUUCGCAUCAUCUGCCAGCUGAAAGGUAGACAAAUGAGCCAGCACGGCAAAAUCAAGAAGGCGCUGUGGUUCAUCACGGUGGUGGUGGUGGUCUUCACCGUCUGCUUCCUGCCCAGUAACAUCACGCAGCUCCUCAUUUGGAUCGAAACCCAAGAGGCACUUAAAACCCUGCCAGAGUCGGAGGUGUGCGACGCCAUGGACAGCCUGACCGUGGCCUUCUACAUGACCGUCAGCCUCACUUAUCUCAACAGCGCCCUGGACCCUGUCAUCUACUACUUCUCCAGCCCGACCUUCAAGAACAUCUGCAGGAAGUCCCUCCACCUGCCGCAAGCUGAAACCACAGAAAGCACAGAGAAGAGGACCCGGGAGACUGGUUCGCACUCGUGCAGCCAGAUUUAGAAAGCUACAAGAACUCUCGGACGGAAGAAGUUCACUCGGUGUCCGAGGCACUUUCUCUUCUUGCUGUUCUUCUCAUCUCUCAUGACGCGUUCAAAUGAUGACCGUACAAGCAUAAUUAGCCAUGUGUUUGUUGCAUUCAAUGUACGCACCGAUGAAAGGAAGCUAUUGCUGCUAAUUCUGGCAUAUUUACUGGGAUGCUUGUGCUCACGUGUUCAUCAAUAAUUCAAUAAAUAAUGAC